GAUUUGAACACUAAAUAACCCAUCAGAAGGUAUUGUACUGUGAGCAAAAAUGAAGCAAAUACAGGCUUAUUGCUUGGAAAAGAAAAUACCUCUUGCCUAGUGCAGCAUAUGGCCAACAAGAACCAUGGCAGGACGCCACUAUAUGGAUUAUUUCAAUAUAAUCCCAAUAUGAUUGGACUGGCAUCAUUAGCUGAUCCCUCAGAUACCUGGGAAAUUAUAGACACCAUUGGAAAAGGCACUUAUGGUAAAGUCUAUAAGGUUGCCAAUAAGAAAGAUCGGAGUCUGGCUGCAGUAAAAAUUCUGGAUCCUAUCAGUGAUGUGGAUGAGGAAAUUGAAGCAGAAUAUAAUAUUUUACAGUUUCUUCCCAAUCAUCCCAAUGUUGUUAAGUUUUAUGGAAUGUUUUACAAAGCGGAUCAAUACGUGGGAGGACAGCUCUGGCUAGUUCUUGAGCUGUGUAAUGGAGGUUCUGUCACAGAUCUUGUCAAAGGCCUGCUGAAGUGUGGCCAAUGGUUGGAUGAAGCUAUAAUCUCAUACAUCUUAUAUGGUGCUCUCUUGGGCCUUCAACAUUUACACAAUAACCGAAUCAUCCAUCGUGACGUCAAAGGGAACAAUAUUCUUCUGACAACAGAAGGAGGUGUCAAGCUUGUUGACUUUGGUGUUUCAGCCCAGCUCACCAGCACCCGGCUACGCAGAAACACUUCAGUGGGAACACCCUUUUGGAUGGCACCCGAGGUCAUUGCUUGUGAACAGCAGUAUGACUACUCUUAUGAUGCUCGUUGUGACGUAUGGUCCCUUGGGAUCACAGCUAUUGAAUUGGGUGAUGGAGACCCACCUUUAUUUGACAUGCAUCCUGUGAAAACGCUUUUUAAGAUUCCAAGAAAUCCUCCUCCUACUUUGCUACAUCCAGAAAAAUGGUGCAGAGGAUUCAACCACUUCAUUUCACAGUGUCUUAUUAAGGAUUUUGAAAAGCGUCCUUCAGUCACCCACCUUUUAGAGCAUCCAUUUAUUAGACAAGCCCGUGGUAAGGAUAUGUCUCUGCAAAAACAGUUGGCUGAUCUCAUCCAAGCACAAGAACAGUUAGGAUUUGUAGCCAAAAUAAGGUAUGAACGAAUACACACUAGAAGACCUUAUCGUGUGGAUGCGGCUGACAAAUACUCUCUAGAUGAUGAUCUAGUAAACCUAGAGGUUCUAGAUGAGGAUACAAUUAUCCAUCAACUUCAGAAGCGUUAUGUUGAUCUACAAAUUUAUACUUAUGUUGGAGACAUUUUAAUAGCCUUAAACCCCUUCCAGAAUCUCAGCAUAUAUUCUCCACAGUUUUCCAAGCUUUACCAUGGUGUGAAGCGGUCAUCUAAUCCUCCCCACAUAUUUGCCUCUGCCGAUGCUGCUUACCAGGGCAUGGUAACUUUCAGCAAGGAUCAGUGCAUUAUCAUCAGUGGAGAAAGUGGAGCUGGAAAGACUGAAAGCGCCCAUCUGAUUGUCCAGCAUUUGACCUUCCUGGGAAAGGCCAAUAACCGUGCUUUGCGUGAGAAGAUUCUUCAAGUGAACCCUCUGGUUGAAGCGUUUGGGAAUGCCUGCACUGCUAUCAAUGACAACUCAAGUCGUUUUGGAAAAUACCUGGAAAUGAUGUUUACACCAACAGGAGCUGUAAUGGGGGCAAAAAUUUCUGAAUAUCUACUUGAAAAAUCCAGAGUCAUAAAGCAGGCUGUAGGAGAAAAAAACUUCCAUAUAUUCUACUAUAUUUAUGCUGGUCUUUUUCAUCAGAAGAAACUUUCUGAGUACAGACUUCCUGAAGAAAAGCCUCCUAGGUAUAUUGAUAAUGAAACUGGAAGAGUAAUGCAAGAUAUUAUUACUAAAGACUCAUAUGGAAGACAAUUUGAAGCAAUUAAACAUUGCUUUAGGAUCAUAGGAUUCACUGAUGAGGAAGUUCAUUCAGUUUACAAAAUUCUGGCUGGAAUCUUGAAUACAGGAAAUAUUGAGUUUGCUGCCAUUUCCUCACAACACCAAACUGAUAAAAGUGAAGUUCCCAAUGCAGAGGCCUUAGAUAAUGCUGCUGUACUGCUCAGUAUUGGUUCAGAAGAGCUCCAGGAAGCUCUAACCUCUCACUGUGUUGUAACACGAGGAGAGACUAUUAUCCGAACAAACACUGUGGACAAAGCCGCUGAUGUGCGAGAUGCCAUGUCUAAAGCACUUUAUGGUCGACUCUUCAGCUGGAUUGUAAAUCGUAUUAAUACACUGCUGCAGCCAGAUAAAAAUAUAUGCAAUGCUGAAAGCCGGAUGAAUGUUGGGAUACUGGAUAUCUUUGGAUUUGAGAACUUCACAAGAAAUUCCUUUGAACAGCUAUGCAUAAACAUUGCUAAUGAACAAAUCCAGUUUUAUUUCAAUCAGCACAUCUUUGCACUUGAACAGAUGGAAUAUCAGAAUGAGGGCAUUGAUGCUACUACAGUGGAGUAUGAGGACAAUCGUCCACUUCUAGAUAUGUUCCUCCAGAAACCAAUGGGAGUACUUUCUCUACUCGACGAAGAAAGUCGAUUUCCCCAGGCGACAGACCUGACUUUAGUUGAUAAAUUUGAAGAUAAUUUAAGAUGCAAAUACUUUUGGAGGCCCAAACGUGUGGAGCUGUGUUUUGGCAUUCAGCACUAUGCUGGAAAGGUAUUAUAUGAUGCCUACGGUUUUCUUGAAAAGAACAGAGACACUCUUCCUGCUGAUAUAGUGGUGGUGCUGAGAACUUCAGAGAACAAACUUCUUCAGCAGCUGUUCUCUAGUCCAUUAACCAAAACAGGUAACUUGGCACAGGCAAGAGCCAGAGUGACAGCAGCAUCUAGGUCUUUGCCUCCACAGCUUAGUGCGGGGCGCAUCAAGUCUCCUAAAUAUCUCCUCAAGAUUGACACAAUGGAGAUGAUGCGACAUCCAGAGGAAACAACCAACAUGAAGAGGCAAACCGUGGCUUCUUAUUUUAGGUAUUCUCUGAUGGAUCUUUUAUCCAAAAUGGUGGUUGGACAACCUCACUUUGUCCGCUGCAUUAAACCAAAUGAUGAUCGAGAGGCAUUGAAAUUUUCCCAAGAAAGAGUUCUAGUACAGCUGCGGUACACAGGAAUUCUAGAAACUGUCAAGAUACGUCAACAAGGUUAUUCUCACCGCAUCCUCUUUGAAGAGUUUGUGAAAAGGUAUUAUUACCUGGCUUUCAAGGCACAUCAGACCCCUCUUGGUAGCAGAGAAAGCUGUAUUGCUAUUUUGGAGAAAUCAAAACUAGACAAUUGGGUUCUUGGGAAAACAAAGGUAUUUCUAAAGUAUUACCAUAUAGAGCAGUUAAAUUUGUUCCUGCGAGAAGUUAUAGGCAGGGUGGUGAUAAUGCAGGCCUAUACCAAAGGGUGGCUUGGAGCUAGGAGAUAUAAGAGAAUCAAAGAGAAAAGAGAAAAUAGUGCUGUCGCCAUUCAGUCAGCCUGGAGAGGAUAUUGAAGCCGCAGGAAGUACAAGGAAAUAAGGAACAGAAGAACUGAUGCUGCUAUACAUAUUCAAGCAGCUUUCAGGGGAUACAUUGUUCGAAAAAAUUAUUCAAGAUUGAAAAGUAGCAAUGGUUACCCAACUGAUACUGAGUCUGUGAACAACUACUCCGCCUCCAGUUUUGGCUGUGAAGAACACUGGCAGCAAACCAACAACCAGACUUCUCCUGCAGAGCCUGAUUUUCUUGACAAACAAAUGAAAAAGGAUUCGGAUGAGAUUCCCACAUCUCAGUUUCUUCUAAAGCAUUCACUGCAAAUGAAUGAUUCACAGCCUAUAAGCCAAUCCCUUGCACUUGCAAAUCAUCAAUUAUCAAGUUCCCUGGGAUCCCCUAAAAACCAAGGUUCAGAAAACUGUCUUGAACAGAAGCUGAGAACACCUCAUCGACGAUGUCAGCAGCCCAAAAUGCUGAAUAGCCCUGAGGACAACAUGUACUAUAACCAGUUAAAUGGAACUCUAGAAUAUCAAGGGAGCAAGAGAAAGCCAAGAAAACUUGGUCAAAUCAAAGUGCUUGAUGGGGAGGAUGAAUAUUACAAAUCAUUGUCAGCUGUUGAAUCUAUCACUGAAGAUGACUCACUCAACUCUCCAUCUCCUCUUUCCUCAAGAGAAGCAUCUUUUGCUCAGAGCUGAACUUCACUAUUUACGCUUUGGUCUAAUGCUGAUCGCCUUGGUUCACGGUUCUCUCUGCUAGCUGGGGAAGACGUGUGAAUGCGCACUACCCCCACGGCUCCACUCUUCUGCUGGUCCAGGAGAUCGCCUCCUGCAGGGCUCGCUUUGCCGCUUCUCUUUGUGGUCCCUACACCAGGCUGCAGCCAUCCACAGGGAGAGAAAUACACCCACACUGGGACAAGUUGCAGCUGCCGUCUCCCAGCUGGGUCUGGCCUUAGCCCUUGCUGCUUUAAAACUCCGUUCCGCUAUUACAGCCUAGUCCUUAUGCGGUGGAAUUUGAGUUUACGUAAAGUGUCAUGUUUCAUCUGCGUAUAUACUGCAGCAUACGUAUUAGCUCUGUAACCCAGAUAAUAACGGGUUGGAUUGACCCUCUUCUACCCCUACAUUGGGUGGGUUUUGGUUUUUUUGUGGCUGUGGAAUCCUAGUCAAUUCUGCGUCUUUUAAGGGCUGGUUCAUAUAUUGUUCCUGAUCUUUGAUGUCCCUUCACAUUAGGAUGUAGCAGCAGCCCAUUUCUCGUGAAAACAGUGCUUUGUGUAACUCAAUUGACAUUUGGC